CACAUUCCACGAUAUGAUACCAAUAAGACAACAAAUCUUAUCAUGUCAUUUUAUGUAUCAUUUCCCAUCGCCGGCGCCCCAAAUUCCACACCUUCUUGGCAGGAUUAUACCAACACGUUCCUUCUUUCAUCGACAUCGAAUGCGGAACCUACCCUUGUCGAGGUCCCCAAAGCUCUGAAUAUUGAUCCUGCGAGGAAAAGGCGGGCACAUAAAAAGUCCAACACAGGGUGUGAAAAUUGCCGAAGACGGCGAGUCAAGUGUAGCGUAGAGACACCAUGCGCAAGCUGCACUCACAGAAGAGAAAAAUGCCAGCGACUCAAACGCAGUCCAAGUUUUUCCAUCAUGAGAACCGAAACUCCUCUUCCUCGGCCAACAACAAUCGAUGCUUCCGUGAACCUGGUUCACAUGAAAUUGUUCCACCACUUCCAAACAUACACGCGAGAGACGCUUCUUUUUACCCCCGUAGUCUGGGGUCAUGCACUCCAGUUAUGCCUUGAGUUUGAAUUUUUGAUGGACGCUGUCCUUUGCAUUGCAGCGCGCCAUCUGGCGGCGCUUCGGCCUGAAGAUCCUACAUAUCCAACAGCUGCAGCGAGCCAUUUUGGCCGCUGUCUAUCCCAGUUCCGCCAUGCGCUAUCAAACAAUUUGACCUCAACCCACAUUGAUGCCUUCGUCGCAACCUCGCUUUUGUUACAAUAUGAGCUAUGGGCCGAUGUUGACCUGUGUGCACCUGAAAUGAAUGCUGGCGACGCGUCGUUUGACGACUCAAUGAACGACCGCAUGUUUAUAUUCUGCUCGAGCUUGAAGCAAGUAUUUCUGAAAAAUAUCACGCUCACAUACGGCACGUCAUCCGUGUUUAUGCCGCAAGUUCGACACGACCCUCGGGAUCUACUGGUUGAGAAACCGAUCAAUACCGAGUUUCUUAAACUCUCUUUCUUGUACACCCGAAGCACAGAGUUAGCGAACUCGAACCCUUGGAAACACAAUGCCUCGCGGAUUCAAGAAAACGCGUUCGAUACAGUAGAAGAUGUGUACACUCCUAUCAUCAUUCAACUGUGUCUUAUUCUUUCCUUUCUCCCAGAGGCGCAACCCCCAUCCUUGGCGAACGCCAAAUCACCCCUGCUACCAGAAUUGGCAAGAUUUAUACUUUCCUUUCCGCUUGUUUGCCACGGUUCUUUUGCAACCCUGGUUCAGCAAAGAGAGCCACGCGCACUGCUGCUGCUAUAUCACUUUUAUCGAGCUGCUAGAAUCCUUCUUCCUUUUGAAAAAUACUGGUGGGCGCAUAAGCGGGCGACUGUCUCGGAAAUAGCCCUAAAACAAUGGUUGACCAGAAAAAGCGCCAAAGUCGCUGUUUAAUAUGCCGACCUGUGCUAAUAUUAUUUUCGGCGAAUGAGUUUACGAUAGACCUCGUAAAACUUAUGUUAAUAAUCUCCUGAUAACCCCAAUCUUUAAUAUCUACUGAUUUAAAACAAAGCCAGGAAUCACUGGUUCUUG